AUGGCCACAACGGUGUUUCUGUUAUUCAUUGUGAAGCUAAGCCAUUCACAAUCGAACAACAACACUAACACCGGUGACACGGUGAUUAGAUCAUUCUGUGAUCGUGUUGAUGCCAUGUCUCCGUUGGACUUCUUCAGGAAUCUCAACUCCACGUUUGCUGCACUCAGAAGACAAUUAUCCAUGGAAGGUGUUCAUUUUGCGAGAGCACAAAAUUUAGGGCAUGCGGAUUCAGUAUAUGGUACCGCCCAGUGCAGGCAGUACCUCCCAACAGGCCGGUGUAUAACUUGUAUUGAUGUGGGGGUGUCAACACUGGCUCGUUGCACUUCUGGCAAUGGUGCUUAUGCUAUUCUUGAUGACUGUUUUCUCAGGUAUCAGAACUAUGGAGAUUACUAUGAUGAUCCCACAAUUAUAGAGGAUGUAGGGCAAACUGCAGUUGGAGUUUGUAGUGAAGAAUCAUCAUCUGAACCAACAACAUUUAACAAAUUUGUGCAAGAGUUUCUGUCAGAUAUUCGAAUUGCAACUCCGAGAACAUCUGACUUUUACGUCUCAUCGACAAGGAAAAGCUCAAGUGGGAAUGUGACGUUGUAUGCGAUUGCACAAUGCGUUGAAAACACAACGCAGAGAAUUUGCCAAAGCUGCUUGAAUAGAGCAUAUAACAAUUUAUACGGUUGUCUCCCCCAUACUGAAGGAAAAGCUAUUGACUUGGGGUGUUUUAUGAGAUAUUCUGACACACCAUUUUUCAAAGAUAACCAGACAACCAACAUCAUACCUUUUCUAAAAGAAGGGAGUUCAAGGAAGGUAGGCAUGCUGGCUGCCGUGACUGUAUGUAUAGGCAUUUUCUUGCUUAUCCUUGUUAUAUCACUAUGGUAUAGACUACAUAGAAGGUCUAAAUCACAUGGAGAAGAGAUACAAGAGGCUGUAAAUUACAGUUAUAAAGAUAUACAAUUAGCAACUGGUAACUUCAGUGAAGAAUACAGAGUAGGGAAAGGAGGUUUCGGUGAAGUAUACAAGGCAAUUAUAGACGAGAAGCAUGUUGUGGCGGUGAAGAAACUUCUUGUACGGGAUGGUAGAGCAAGAAUAGAAUUUGAUAAUGAAGUUAAGAUGAUGAGUUGUGUUCGUCAUCGUAAUCUAGUUCGUGUUCUUGGAUGGUCCAGCGAGGGACCAGAGCUCCUUCUGGUCCUGGAAUACAUGCCGAAAGGUAGCCUUGAUAAAUUCUUAUGGGGUGAACAGAAGGGAAGUUUGAACUGGAAACAACGAUAUGAUAUGAUAUUUGGCAUCGCGAGAGGUCUUGCGCAUCUACACCACGAAUUCCAUGUCAAGAUCAUCCAUAGGGAUAUAAAAUCAGCAAACAUCCUCCUUGACGAUGAUUUCCAACCAAAGAUUGCAGAUUUCGGAUUGGCAAGGUUUCAACAAGAAGAUCAAUCCCAUGUUAGCACUAAGUUUGCCGGGACCUUAGGCUAUACUGCACCAGAAUAUGCAACCCAUGGACACUUAUCAGAGAAAGUAGAUACUUAUAGCUUCGGCAUCGUGACCCUUGAAAUCAUUAGUGGCCGAAGGUGUACUGAUGUGAACUCGCAAAGACCCGACAUGUAUUACCUCCUUGAAGAUGCAUGGAAAUUGUACGAGAACAACAUGCAUCCCAAGCUCAUUGAUGAGACUCUAGAUUUGGAAGAAGGUGAAGAAGAACAUGUCAAGAAGAUCAUUGAAAUUGGUUUGACGUGCACCCAAUCGCCUGUUGGCUUAAGACCGACCAUGUCUGAAGUUGUGUUGUUGCUUUCCAAUGGAAGAUCCUUGGUGCGAAGGAAAGUGGGUAGCAAAUCUACUCUAACUCCUGGAUCGGAUGAUUAAUCUAAGCUAAUCAAAGACACUAAAACAAAGUUGAGUUUAAUAGAAUGUCUUAUAGGACUUAAGUUUAUAUAAUCAA